AUGUGGAGGCUGGUGGCGAUGAUCUGCUUGAAGGCUUUAGGGGAAAAAAGUCAUUUAGGGAUCAAAUAUUGGGCCAACCACAUUUCAAGUAGGGAUCGAGCACAUUUCAAAAGCUCUCGUAGCAACGCUGCCGGAAAAAGCUCUAGCAACACUGCCGGAAAGCCUAUCAGGUGCCGAGCUGCGAUUGCUAGGAAACCACGGGAACCGCUGGUGAUAGAGGAAGUGAUAGUGGCUGCACCAAAAUCUCGCGAAGUUCGAAUCAAAAUCAUAUGCACAUCGCUUUGCCAUAGUGAUAUUAACUACUGGAAAUUGGAGCGUCCUCCUGCAAUUUUCCCCAGAAUACUCGGUCAUGAAGCAAUUGGGGUUGUAGGGAGUAUCGGUGAAGGUGUACAUGAAGUUGUUGAAGGAGACACUGUGAUCCCAAUGUUUCUCCCAGAUUGUGGUGAAUGUGCAGAUUGUUUGUCCAAAAAAAGCAACCUGUGUUCAAAAUAUCCUGUCCAUUGUACUCCAUGGGUGGGUAGAGAUGAAUCAAGCAGAUUCACAGACAUGAAUGGAGAAACUUUAUACCAUUUCUUGCAUGUAUCAAGUUUUACUGAGUACACAGUGGUUGAAGUUGCUCGUGUAAUCAAAGUUGAUCCAGCAAUCCCAGCAAACAGAGCCUACCUCUUAAGUUGUGGAGUAUCAACUGGGUUAGGUGCUGCUUGGAAAGCUGCAAAUGUGGAAAUUGGAACAACAGUUGCUAUAUUUGGACUGGGUGCAAUUGGGCUAGCUGUUGCUGAGGGAGCAAGGCUAUGUGGAGCUAAAAGGAUCAUUGGAGUUGAUGUGAACCAAGACAAACUUGAAAUUGGAAAGAAAUUUGGAGUUACUGAUUUUGUGAACCCGCGUAACAUUGGGGACAAAACUGUCAGCCAGGGAUGGGGGAAAACGGUUAUGCUGGGAGUUGACCAACCGGAGGCAAUGUUGACUUUAAGUUCUUUUGAGGUACUUCACAGUGGAAAAUCAAUCAUGGGUUCUCUUUUUGGAGGUCUAAAACCAAAAUCUGAUAUCCCUGUUCUCAUAAAACGCUGCAUGGAUAAGGAACUACAAUUAGAUGCAUUUGUGACACAUGAGGUUGAGUUUGAGGACAUCAACAAGGCUUUUGACUUGCUUCUUCAAGGGAAGAGCUUAAGGUGUGUGAUGUGGAUGAAGAAAUGA